CGCCCGCCGCAGCCAGCUCCCGGCACACCGCCCGCUGCUCGGCGUCCCGCCGUCGGCCUUCCCGGGAUGAACGCGCCCCAGACUGCGGGAGAGGAGGCGCCGCUCAGCGGGCGCUCGGUCAAGGUGGUCCUAGUGGGCGACGGAGGCUGCGGGAAGACGUCGCUGAUGAUGGUCUUCGCCGACGGGUCCUUCCCAGAAAGCUACAACCCCACAGUGUUUGAGCGCUAUCAUGUCAAUCUGCAAAUAAAGGGUAAACCCGUGCAGCUCCAAAUCUGGGACACAGCUGGGCAAGAUGACUAUGACCGCCUCCGGCCCUUGUUCUAUCCUGAUGUCAAUGUCCUGCUCCUCUGCUUCGACGUGACCAAUCCAAACAGCUUUGACAACAUCUCCACCCGGUGGUACCCAGAGGUGACACACUUCUGCAAGCGAGUACCCAUAAUCGUGGUGGGCUGCAAGACAGACCUGCGCAAGGACAAGGCGGUGGUGAACAGGCUGCGGAUGAAAGGGCAGGAGCCGGUGACCUACCACAGGGUAGGAAGGUCACGACAUGGCAAGGUCUGUAAGAGCAGUGACCUACCUUGAGUGUUCGGCUCGGCUCCAUGACAACGUGAAAGCCGUCUUCCAGGAAGCAGCGGAAGUGGCUCUCGGCAGUCGCAGGCGUAACUUCUGGCGGCGGAUUGCCCAGAAUUUUUGCGUGUUCACCUGAGUGGUUUGGAACCCACCUUGCCUCUCACUUUCCUCAGCUGGAGAGAAACACAUGAAUAGACCUUCUACUCUGUUGACUGGGCUGGACCUAGUCCCCAGGCUGAGCUGUUAGAACCACACCUCUACAGAUGGGCUCCGUUGAGGGCUGGGCCCUGGACCCAGACCCUUCGCUCUGGAACCGUUAGUA